AUGAGUACGUUAGAUUCAUUACCACUGUCUGAUGGUACUAGUGCUGCUAAAAGGUUCAAACCAAAUAUUCCAGAUGAAGCUGUUAUAGACUUGACUAAUGAAGAAGACGAUUUCGAAGAGAUUCUGAGUGAUACCCAGGACAGUAGUGAUGAAGACGAUGUGAUGAUUACUGGUUUUAGGGAUUUGUCUAGACCUGGUACAAGCUCGAGUGAUGGAAAUAUAAAUGGUGCUGCUGUCGCUGCUACUAGCACUCCUGGUGGACCUUCACGUUUGGUUGGAUUAUCAGGGAAUCGUUCAAAUAGUCCACAGAUGUCACUGGUAAAGCCUAAAGAUAAAGCUACUGCAGGUCCUAUACAGAAUAAUAAUCCAUAUCGUCCAACUCCACAAUCUACUACAAAUGCUCCGAAUGAUUUCUCUUCAAUACUAGCAGAUUUCCAUACCUUAACACAUGAACAAAGAAUGCAGAAGUUGAGCGCUCCAUAUAUUGCUGAGUCAACUAGGCAAUUUUUAAUUGAAAAGUUCAAUUUAAGAAGCAACACACAGUCACUGACAGCUCAACAAAGAGUUCAACAACAACUGGAUCAACAGAGGCAACAAAUACUCGCGAGACAACAACAGAACCAACAGCAGCAGCAACUACUACAACAACAGCAACAGUUGACCAUGCGAAGACCUACUCCAGUUCAACAAAAAAUUGUUAAAUGGAAUAAUAUUCCUUUCAAAAGUGUUGAAGAUGUUACAAAGAAGGAAUAUGAAUUUAAAUUAAAGUUGAAUGACAGUAAAUCACAAGAAAAUUCACAUGAAAAGGAAAAACACAGUCAUACUGAACUGAUGAAACGUGUUAUUGAAUCACUUGAAAGAUUAGAAAAAUCUGGUGUAUCCAAAACAAUUCCACAGUAUGUUGAUCUAGUAAAAUCAAGAAAAGAGUUAUCAGAGAUUAUUUCAAAAGAUGUUCAAAAAUCAAAACUACUUGAGAAGAAAGUUAAAGAUGAUACAAGAAACUUAUUAAACUUUACAAAUACCGUUAAACCACAAUUAGUUACACAUUUGAAUAAAAUCAAAAAAGAUAUGGAACAACAGCAACAACAACAACGUAUCCAACAGCAAAAUCAAUUUGGCGGUAAUGCAGCUUUAGCUAAUCUCCCAGGUGGUGUCUUUGGUGAUAUGCUGCAAAAUUUGCACCAAAAUCAAAAUCAACGCCAUUUCUUACAAAUAGAUAGUGAAGAUGAAGAUGGUGAAGAUGAUGAAUUACCUUAUCAUAUGUUUGCUAAUAGAAAUAAUCGUUUCAAUCCUCAUGGAACCUUUGGCGAUGAUAGUGAAGAUGAUGGUGGUAUCUAUAAUAAUAAUCGUCCAAAUUUAUAUACUGAAAAUGCUGAUGAUUUAAGAUCAUUCUUGGAAUCUUUUAAAACUAUUGAAGAAGAUAUCGAUGGUGAAUCAAAUACCCCAGAGUCGUUGACUGUUAACUUAAUGAAACAUCAAAGAAUGGGUCUUCAUUGGUUAGAAAUGAACGAGGAUGAUCCAAAGAAAAAGGGUGGUAUUUUAGCUGAUGCUAUGGGUCUUGGUAAGACUGUUCAAGCUAUUUCUAUAAUGUUAAGUCGUCGUUCUGAAGAUGAAAUGAGUAAAACGAAUUUGAUUGUUUGUCCAGUUGCUAUGAUGCGUCAAUGGGAAUCAGAAAUUAAUACUAAAAUUAAAGAAUCUGCAGAUUUUUCAGUUAUGGUUUAUCAUCCAAGUUCGAAUGGUAAAAGAUUCACAAAUUUUCAACAAUUAGGUAAAUAUGAUGCAGUUUUAAUUUCAUAUCAAACUUUAGCUUCUGAAAUGAAAAAGCACAUAAAAGGUUAUGAAAUUAAAGAAAUGGGUUUACCAAGAAUUAAUACUAAAAAAGAAAAUGAAAAAGGAACUUACUGGAGUCCAUUUUUCUGUCAAGAUUCAGUUUUCCAUCGUGUUAUCUUAGAUGAAGCACAUUGGAUUAAAAACAAAUUAGCUAAAAAUUCAAUUGCCUGUUGGUUAUUAAAAUCUAAGAAUAGAUGGUGUUUAACAGGUACACCAAUGCAAAAUAAUUUUGAAGAAAUUUUCCCAUUAAUUAGAUUUUUAAAUAUUAGACCAUAUUGUUUUGAAGAUAAAUUUAGAUCUGAUAUUUCAAUUCCAUUGAAAAGUAAAAAUGGGAAUUAUGAUGAAAUGGAUAGAGAAAGAUCUAUGAAAAAAUUAAGAAUCAUGAUUAAAGCUAUUUUAUUACGUCGUACUAAAGAUUCUAAAGUUGAUGGUGAACCAAUUUUGAAACUACCACCAAAAGAAGUUAUUUAUGAUGAAGUUAUUAUUGAAUCUGAUCAUGAUGAAUCUGAAUUCUAUCGUCAUUUGGAAGGUAAAUCCCAAGUUGAAGUUGAAAGAUUAAUGAAUUCAAGUAAAGGUUUUGCUAAAGGUAAUUACAGUUCAAUCUUAACAUUAUUACUUAGAUUACGUCAAGCUUGUUUACAUUCUGAAUUAGUUCGUAUUGGUGAAAGGAAACAAGGUAUUGUGUAUGACCAAGAUGGUAAUCUGAAGGCAAGUGCUACAUGGGAAAUGAUGUUUGAUUUCUGUAAAUCAUUAAAACCAGAAGUUAUUAGAAGAAUUAAUAAUCAAGAACAAGGUGGUACUAAUAGUGAUGAUGAAGAAAAUGGUGGUCGUUUCACAUGUUCAAUUUGUCUAGAUACACCACCAGAUGAAGAAUGGACCAUGUUUCAUCCUUGUGGUCAUGGGUUAUGUAAAGAAUGUGUUGGUGAUUUUUUUGAAAAAUUUCAAACUGGUGAAAAACAAGGUGUCAAAUUGGCAAGUUGUACUCAGUGUAGAAUGGAAAUUAAAGAAAAUGGUAUUUUCACUUUCAAGAUGUUUAAUGAUGUUGUCAAUAAGAAACUGAGUAAAUCAGUUAUAUCCAUUAUGCAAGAGAAAGCUAAAAAGGAUUUAGCAAAAGUUAAUGAUGAAAUUCAAGAUGAAAUUAAGAAAUUAGGAAUAUCACCAAAAUUCAAAAGAGCUUUAGAAUUAAUUGAAAAAAUAUUGAAGGAAAAACCAGAUGAAAAAAUUAUUUUGUUUUCACAAUUUACUACAUUAUUUGAUGUUUUUGAGAAAUUUUUACAAGAUAGACAAAUUAACUCAUUACGUUAUGAUGGUUCAAUGAAAGCUGAUGAAAGAAAUGAUGUUAUUAAAGAUUUUUAUAAGAUGGCAGAUAAAAGAUUAUUAUUGAUUUCUUUAAAAGCUGGUAAUGUGGGUUUAACAUUAACUUGUGCAAAUCAUGUUAUUAUAAUGGAUCCAUUUUGGAAUCCAUAUGUUGAAGAACAAGCACAAGAUAGAGCUCAUAGAAUUGGGCAAGAGAAGAAUGUUAAAGUUUAUAGAUUAUUAACAAAAGGUACAGUAGAAGAUCGUAUUAUGGAAUUACAAAAACAAAAGAAAGAAUUAGUUGAAGGUGCAUUAGAUGAACAAGGUAUGAAGAGUGCUGGUGGUUUAAGUCGUAAUGAAAUCAUGUAUCUUUUUGCCCUUAAUGACCGUCCACGUUAA